ACACCUAACGGCCGAACUGUGCAAGUUCUAUUUUCGUAUGCGGUGUCGAGGACCGAUAUGCGCAUGACCGGCGACUAUCUGUAUUAUUCUGUUAAACAGUUCAGUCGGCAGACCGCAGCACGAAGCGCGGCCGCGCGCCGCUCGCCAUCCGAUAAAAAAUCGUGAACACAAAUAAAAACAAACGCGUGUACGUGUGUAACUAACAAGUUAUAUACAAGUGCUUCGAUAUAGUGACUCGUUCUAAAUUUAAAUUUUGAAAAUGCGACGAAACGUCAAAAUUUUGUUCCUUGUGGGGGCUGUGUGGAUGUUUUUCCUUUUCUAUUAUAUGCAACCAGAUUCGGUGCAGACUAAGGAAGAAAACAUAGCACUCCGGUUAAUAAAACAACAUGCAGAAGAAGAAGCGGAAAGUAGUCCUGCGUCCCCGGAAGAGACGUACGGCACGGGAAGCACUGGCAGGGCGUACUUCGACGAGGGGGGCUACGUGGCAGGGGGGGCCAAGGACCAAGACCCCUACGUGCGGAACCGGUUCAACCAAGCCGCGUCCGACAACCUACCCAGUAAUAGAAUCGUGCCUGAUACUAGGAACGCUAUGUGCCGUCUGAAGAAAUACGACGAUGAUCUUCCUCAGACGAGUGUGAUCAUUACAUUCCACAACGAAGCCAGGUCAACACUUUUACGAACUGUUGUCAGUGUGUUAAAUAGAAGUCCAGAGCAUCUGAUCAAAGAAAUCAUUCUAGUCGACGACUUCAGCGAUAAUCCUGAAGACGGCGCAGCUCUUCGCGCGAUCCGCAAAGUGCGAGUCAUAAGGAACCCGAAGCGCGAGGGUCUGAUGCGGUCCAGGGUGCGCGGCGCUGAUGCAGCCACGGCGCCCGUGCUCACAUUCCUCGACUCUCACGUGGAGUGCAACGUCCAUUGGCUGGAGCCCUUGCUGCAGCGGAUUAAAGAGGACCCGACUCGCGUGGUGUGCCCAGUCAUAGACGUGAUCAGCAUGGACACGUUCCAGUACAUUGGCGCGUCGGCUGACCUGCGCGGCGGGUUCGACUGGAACCUAGUGUUCAAGUGGGAGUAUCUAUCUCACUCGGAACGCAGCGCGCGCCUCAGCGACCCCACCCAGGUGAUCAGGACUCCGAUGAUAGCCGGAGGUCUCUUCAGCAUGGACAGGAUGUACUUCAACAAGCUGGGGAAAUACGACAUGAGAAUGGACGUUUGGGGGGGAGAGAAUCUCGAGAUAUCGUUCAGGGUAUGGCAAUGCGGCGGCUCCCUGGAAAUUGUACCGUGUUCCCGAGUGGGCCACGUGUUCAGGAAGCGUCAUCCGUACACGUUCCCUGGGGGAUCCGGGGCGGUGUUCGCCAGGAACACCAGGAGAGCGGCUGAGGUGUGGAUGGAUGAUUACAAGGAGUUGUACUACAGAUCGCAGCCGUUGGCGAAACAGGUCGAUUUUGGAGACAUAUCAGAACGAGUGCACCUGCGCGAGAAGCUGCACUGCAAGCCGUUCCGCUGGUACCUGGAGCACGUGUAUCCUGAGCUGCAGGUGCCAGCGCUAGCCGGCGCCGCGCACGCCAUCCGACAAGGAGCCAGGUGUCUCGACACCAUGGGACAUCUGGUGGACGGGACUUUGGGCAUGUACCCGUGUCACAACACGGGUGGCAACCAAGAAUGGCGGUUCGAAAACGGCGUCAUCCGCCACCAUAGCCUCUGCGUGUCCCUUUCACCCAACGACCGGGUCACAGCUGUCCUGGCUGCCUGCGACCCGGCAGACGACGCCCAACUCUGGCGGCGUAAGGGCCUGCUGAUCAAACACGCCAAGCUGGAUGCGUGCCUAGACUCCGACAGACCAGCAUUAUAUCUAGAACAAUGUGAUGAGGAAAAGCAAACUCAGCUGUUUACAUUCUAAUGGACAGUAUUAUAGAUUCGCUUAGCAAUAUUCAAGCUUUGUGAAUGUGUGCUCGGAAUUAUUAUUGAAAGCGAUAUUGUUCUUUUAACAGAUUUCUUUAUUUUAACUCUUUUAUUAUAAAUUAAAAUUUGUAAACAAUAGACAAAAUUUACUCGUUUUUUUACAAUAAAUCUCAAUGGCUAAACAAUGAUAGAUAAAUCUGUGUAAUUUGUUAGAAUGUCAAAUCGCUUUUAAUAAAUUUAAUGAUUCCUAUACAGAGUGCGCGACAUCGAAUUUUGUAUCUAGACAUUAAAGAAGAAUAGAGAGAGAAUAUUCUUAAAUUAUGACGCCACGGUAUAAUGCAUAAAACACUGCCUAAAUCUCUUAAGUAUUGUAGUAAUGCAACAAAAAUCAUCAGAUUUAGUUUUCUCUUAAGAUUAAGAGAUUGAUAGCUUCCGGACUUUAGAGUUCAUUAUAAAAAAUAUCUAGAAA